UAUUAAGCCUAUACCGCCUUGUGGCUGAUAAAUAUGAAAACGACGUUCUUAAAAUAAUGAAUGUCUUAUAGUACGAUAUCGCGCAGCGUGCUUAUACCAUGACAAGAUACCUCGAUUUUGGAUUUUAAGGCUUUAAUAUUGAUUCAGAAAUGGAUUCAUUGGAUAUUUAACCCAGACUGAUAAAAUUAGUGUCAGAUUACUGCGAGGUUUUGCCUGCGCUAGUCUCUGAUAUGGAUAAGCUAGACCGACGCGUUUUCCAAAUGAAGGAUUUAACGUUAAAUAACAGUGCGACGUUAAACCGUCGACGUGGAACAAUUUCCGUUACGUCAGGCACGCGUUUGAAGACCGCGGUGGGGUUGGUACGACCGCCUGACUCGUUUCUUAGGAGAUCGUCAUUGACGAAAAGAAAUUCGCUGACUGCUAUGCCGCACCGGAAGUCAGACGCGUACGAACAACGCCUCUUAAUUCCGGACUAUAUUCUCAGUAGACGUUCCUCAUUAGCAACGCCGAAGCAGAAAACGCAGCGGAGCGGAAGUGAGCCGAGUCCAUGCUUUAAAGUGACGUCUCUUUACCAGCCUCGUCUGUCUCUGCGGCGUGGUUCCCUACAAAUACGAUCGCAAGAUCGCGCCGGAAACGCGUUGUCCUCUCGGAGGAAAUCGAAAAUACCAAUGGUGACCGAGGAAGAUGAUGAACAUAAAAAGAAAACUCUCCUGGCGAAGUUUAAGUUGGCGGUAAGGCUUACCAUAUUCUGUUCAAGAAAUUUUAAAGACCACUGUUUGAGGAUCAACGAGAACAACGACGAGCUGGCGCCUUACAUCAAGCGUCUACACUUCCACGAGGAGCAAAAUACAGAUGAACUACUUAUUGACUUGUCCAAGUUCAAGGCCAACAGACAGAUGCGGGUACCAGAAAUAAUUAAGACCAUACUAUCCAAGCAGCAACACGAGCGGACCGAACAAGAACUAUACCAGGUUGUUUUGGCUUUGCGGAACUUGAAAAGUCUAGCGGAGUACCCGAACCGGAUGCAGCUGAAGAUAGCGGAAGUGGGGCUGUACGAAAAAUACGACUCAAAACGCGUCAUUGUGCGUCAGAACCAUCCAGCGUCCGCCUUUUACAUCAUUCUGUCUGGAGCAGUGGUUGUCAUGGUGAUGGAGGAGGACAGCAAGUACGCCCGCCCGGUGUCGCACCUCUACAAGGGCAUGACAUUCGGGGACUUAGCGAUAAUAAAUGGAACCAAGCGACAGUCAACAGUGAUUUGCAAAGAAACGUGCGAAUUUCUUAGUAUAUCAGCUCAGGAUUACCACAAAAUAUUUAUGGCUGGCGGCGUUAAAACUUUGAACGACCCGGAUCAAGAAAUUUUCCUCAAGAGUUUGAGCUGCCUUGCUGAUUGGCCGAUACACAUUCUUUCAGAAAACCCGAAGAAAUGUCAGUUCCUGUAUUUCAAAAACCGGGACGUGAUAGUUCGAGAUUCACAUUUCUCCGACUGGCUUAUCAUCGUUAAAUCAGGAAGCGUUCAAGUCUUGAAGAAACUAAAACGGGUUGAAGCUUUUGAGUGGAAGAAAAAAAAGCCAGUUGCACAGAUGACUAGCAAAGAACGUCGUGACGUCAUGCUCAAGCGGCUUGAGUGGCGACGGUUUCUACCAGAAAUGGGCGUGCCCAUGGCGGAAACGGAAGAGGUGGAGAUGCUGGAUAACGGUCGCGUGGCUCCAUUCAGGCAUCCGGAAGAAGAGAAGCAAGAGACGCCGCGACGGGAGAAUUCCUCGAGUGACACGCCAAGGAUUCCGAGUCUUUGGCCUUUAAAAAUUGACCUCUCCGAGAUGAAGUCCAGUUCCGGCCCCAGGCUCGGUCACCCUGGUAUCACCGCGCCUGCGCAUAGGACUUUCACCGAACCAGAACGACCCGCCGACUGGAAGGCCCUGGUUCGCAAGCCAAAAACCCCAGAAAUCAAAUCCCUCGUUCCCCCACAAAGGGACCGUUCUGCAAGCCUGGCAAUCGAAGAAGAGCACGAGUUGCUUGGGUACCAGCCCCACGUGCGCACCAUCAUCGAGGAUAUAGACGCCGGUAUUAAACUCAGGGAUGACAGCUUUAUUGAGGAAAAGGACAUCAAUCCAGAGUUUGUGCACGUGCAAACGUUAUUGAAGGGUCAAGUGUUUGGUCUUACGGAUCUGAUAUUCGGCGACCAGCCAAGCUUUUCUAUAAUAAGUUCCGGGGCCGAUUGCCUGUUGCUGGACAAGAACUUCUACAAGGAUCAUGCCUCCGAGAAACUUCUGCGUGACCUCAGACAAGAGCUGUGCCCAUACCCGUCUGAGCAGGAGCUGCAGGACCGCCUUCAGAUCAGCGUCGACUGGCAGCAGUAUAAAAAGGUCACACUACUCAAGUCGCUGGAGUACGUCUCGUCCAAGCGUUUCAUGCGCAACUCGCUUCACGGGGCGAAAAGUCAGGAUGCGUUUGUGUAUUAGGAUUUUGUAUUAAUUGAGUCGCGUUCUGUAAAAGUUGGGCAAAGUUCAUGUGGGUAAAGUGUCGUCCCGGAUUAGCCUGUGCAGUCCGCACAGGCUAAACAGGGACGACACUUUCCGCCUAAAGUUGAUUUUCGGUAAGGAGAGACUUCCUUGAAAGUAAUUAUACCAUAAAAGCGGAAAGUGUCGUUCCUGAUUAGCCUGUGCGAACUGCACAGGCUUAUCUGGGACGACCCUUUACGCACAGGCAUUAAGUCCAGUUUUCUUAAAACGCGGCUCAAUUGAUUCGAGUUGCGAACACUUACGUGUAUUUGGGAGUAGAAAUCAUUGGAUUUUAAAAAGAAAAUGGCUUGAAUUUUCACGUACAACUUUGACUAGUGUUUGUUUAAUGAAAGCUUACUUAGGUAAAGAUGUGCCAGAAGAAAGAAAGACCUUAAUUUUGCGAUUCAGUUAAGAACCAAAUGGCAAGUUUUGUUGUUUUGUUUCUGCAGUAAUUAUCGAAGGAUAAUUCGCUAUUUUCGAAUAUAUCAAUUUUAAAAGUCAUACCGCCUAAAAUGAACGAUGCUUGUUUUUUACAUUGAUUUUGUGGAUUUCUGUUUAAUACGUCAGAUUUCUCUUACUAUGCUUAGCAACCGCGGGCCCGGUGUCAAAACAACGUAGUGGAACACGUUCCUUGAGCAUUCAUAUAAAAUGUGGGCAAAUACAACCCACAUUCAGAGCGCUAGAUUUAAAAAGUAAAAGUGCAUUAUGUUUUAUGUUCAAUAACGUUGUAUAUAAAGAUUGUAAGUCAAAAGACGUCACAUUGCAAAUAUAAAAAUAUAUGAGCCUAGAUCUAGAAAAACUGGGCUUAAUGAAUGCGCCUAAGUAGUAGUCCAAAAUUAGCCGGUGCUUUCCGCAAAAGCUACUUGGGGACGACAUUUAGCGAGUUAAUGGCAUUUUUCAUUUAAAGGAAGUAUUUUCUUAGCGGCAAUCAAGCCUAUGCGGCAGGUGCAGCCGCUGCUAUCCUGCGUUGACUGCACAGGCUAAUGUGGGAUGGCACUUUGUGCUUGAUGCAUUACACUCAGUUUUCAAGAAACGAGACUCAUGUGAAGACUGCAUAAAUUAAAAAAAAAGUAAACACAACGCCAUCUACCUUAGCCUGGUCUUCAAUCAUACAUGGUCUAGUUAAGAGAGAUUUUGUUUCUAAAACGAAGUCGUUUGUCCAGUCAUGCUUCUCGCCAAUUUGUUUAAUAUUGUAUAUUUAUAUAUUACGACACGUCCGGAAGAAAUGCGCGCAUAAUAGAAGUAAAUGAAUUGAUUGCAUGCAAUAGCUAGACCAAAACAUUUGUAUACAUUCUAAAUGACAUAAGAAUAUUCCACAAUUUAAUGUUACAUAAUCGGUGUUAUUGUAUAGUAUCAAUAAUGACCAGUAAUUAAUGUGAAAUGUUAAGCGAUAUGAACAUUUAGAUUUAUAUGGAUACCACAUAUGCAAUUUAUGCUUCAUGAACUUCUCCAAAAUAUGUCUUCUUUUUCUCAAUUAUAUUAUUGUAGAGGCUAUACAUUUGCAACGUGCUUGUUUUGUCUGGUACUAAUGUUAUGUUGUUCAUCUAUUAUUUUUAUUAAAUCUAUUGAUUAACUUGAUGAUUUUAAUUUUGCCUGAAAAAUUCACAUGUCAGUAAAUUCAUUUCAAGACGUUAUAUAUAAAAAUGCGCGAAAAGCAUUUUGAUUGAAGGAAAUAAAUAAUAAAACCAG